AUGUCUACUGUAUGGCUGCGGAUAUGGAGAUGGCGCCAUGCGUUCUGGUUCUUUUUCCGCGCGCGCCUCGAGGUCGCGCGGAAUCCUCGCAAAGACUGCCUUCGCAUCUUCAACCUCUACUGCAUGUCUCGUCGAGGCGUAGAAAAUCCCGCACAGAAAACAUUGGACGUACAGUCGAACGGAAAUACGAAGACAUUCUCGGGAUUGUUUUCCCCAAAUAACGAUUGCGAGACCGAUAGUUCCCUCGGAAGUCAUCUAGAGGAGCUUGCUGACGAGAUGUCAUCCGAUGACUUUGUCAUGACCGAAACGGUCGUCAUUUCGACCAGCGCCUACGCACUAAAGCGCAAAGAGCUGAUGGAGCUCACGAGAGACUUGUUUGCCAUGGGUGCACAAACGCUGAUCGAUCUGCCUCGAAUUGCGGUUAUCGGCGGACAGUCAGCGGGAAAAAGUUCUCUAGUAGAAGCCGUGAGCGGCAUCAACGUUCCUCGGGACAGCGGUACCUGCACGCGCUGCCCGGUUGAAUGCUCCCUCAUAGGCAACGCGGCAGAGUGGUCCUGCCAGAUCUUCCUCCGUUUUGACUUCGACAAGGACGGCCAAGCCCUCUCCCAGCCCACCAAAUUCGAGUUUAGCCCUCGCCUCACCGACAAAGCUGAUGUCGAGAUCUGGAUCCGUCGCGCUCAGGCGGCCAUCCUGAGCCCGCACCACGACCAUCGUAUAUUCCAAGCUCGCACGGCGCAAGAAAUACGGGACCUGCUGAAGACGGAUCCGAACAUGCUGAAGUUUUCUCGAAACAUCGUCUGCGUGAAUAUCAUGGAUCCAGAUGCGACCGACCUUUCUUUCGUGGACCUGCCCGGGUUGAUCCAGAACGAGACUGAAGCGGCCAUCAAGCUCGUCCGUGAAUUGGUAGAAGUCAACAUCAGAGGCGAAUCUACCCUCAUACUUGUUACGAUCCCAGCUAGUGACGACAUGGAGAACCAGCAGGCCGUCCGUCUGGCACGUGAAGCCGACCCUCAGGGCAAACGCAUCAUAGGCAUCCUCACGAAACCGGAUACGCUCACCAAAGGAGCGACCAGCGCUCGCCAGAAAUGGAAAGCAGUCCUCGAGGGCACCGCACACCCACUCAAACAUGGCUAUUACUGUGUGAGACUCCCCGACGACGACGAGAGAAAUCGGGGAAUUGGCCGCGAUGAGGCUGAAAAGAUUGCGAGCGAAUUCUUCGACUCGACUGAUCCAUGGGACGAGAUAAUCGGCAACCAGCGAACGCGUUUCGGGGUGCCGAACUUCAUCUUCAACAUGAGCAACUUGUUAAUGGGCGUCAUCGAAUCCGCAUUACCCAAGCUGAAAGCCGACGUCAACCGACUCUCUCUCGAGAACCUUGCCCUGCGUGCCAGACUACCCCUGCAGCUUACCAGCGACCCUGCCGCGGAGCUCCUCCGGAUGAUUACUGGCUUCUGUGCCGAUGUCCGUUCCAUUGUUUAUGGCGAGAAGCAGGACGACAUGCGGCUUGUGCAGAGCAACCGUGCGCUGUACGCCAUCUUCAAGAAGGCCGUGCGCGCGACAGCGCCCGAUUUUCGGCCGUUCGAAGACCACACGCGGUACCGGCUUCCACUGUUGAAAGGAGAACCUGAGUUCGACGACGAGUACGUGAUGAGAGAUGCGGGCGUCCGGGUAAUGAACCUCUGGACAGUGCGCGGCGUAGUGCAACAAUCGAUUGGAUGGGAGCUAAAGAACAACGUCCCGUUCGCGGCAAAGAAGACGCUCAUCCAAGGUUUCACGGCGCUCUGGAACACGCCUGCAAUAGCAUGUUUCAAGGCGGUUUAUGCCGGUCUGGUGAAUACCGUACAGAUGUUGAUCGAGAAGUACUUCGGCACGUUCGAUCGCCUCCGGGAUCGGAUAAGCGUCGCGGUUGAGAGGCAAAUUGUGGAAUGUCGCGGGGCAGCGAAUCAAGCUCUUCUGUCCCUCCUCAAACUAGAGAAUGCGCCACUCUUCACCCAAAACGACUACUACUUCGAGGACGCCCGGUGCAAAUGGCUCGCGCAUUACCACGAAGUUCGCCGAGACCGGCAUAUUCAUCUGCAGCGCGCUGCCUUAGCGAAAGCCCAGGCCGAGACUCCGUACAGCACCGACGAAGAGGACGAGGACGAGGACACGAGCGUCUUCGCGGGUGUGAAGGGCGAGUCAUCCGAUCAGUCGGCGUUGAGGGCGCUGGCGAUGCGAGGCUACGGUGGGAUCAAGCUGAGCAACUUGAAAUGCCUUCACCCACAGGAGGACUUCGAGAAUGAGCUGGUCGUCAUGGCGGACGUGCGGGCCUACUUCCAGGUCGCGUACAAGCGCAUCAUCGAUUACGUUCCGCUCGCUAUAGAACACGCGCUGAACCAGGCGUUCGCGGAAGGCUUGCAGGAUCAGCUCUUCGCCAAUCUGGAUUUCACCUCUGAAGACGCCUCGGAAAGGUUCAAGGAGCUAAUGAGCGAGAACCCGAUUGUGGCGGCGAAGAGACGCGAACUGGAGGACAAGCGGAGGCGACUCGCCGAUAUCCAACGCAAGCUUAACGAGUUCAAGAUUUAGGAACCGUGUUGUGGUUUACCUCGCAGUGAUGAUUAGAAUGCAUGCGAUGCCGUCUGUGCUGGCAUAUGUCGAAGGGAGAGGGCGGUCUCGUGUGCGGCUUAGUAGACUUAACAUCGCCUUGAGCUCUCUCGUUUGG